UCAUCAAAUCGAAUUUCCGCGAAAGUUGUGUUGUGUAAUACGAGGCUGGGCGGGAAGGAACGAUGGCCUAGCUGUUAUGAGAACGAGGGGCAACUUUGAGAGACGAGAUGCAGUCAAACUAUUCAGUUGUUCAGAAGCUUCUUACACGAGAGAUCACUGGAUACCUUUUUCAAAAGCAUUCCAGUGGGAAAAUGGGGAGAAUCUAUGACAAAUGCCCAGAGCAUCUACAGAUAUCAUUACGCAGCAUUAUAAGUCAGAAAAAUCUCCUUCUUGGACAUGUGAUUAUUGGCUUCUCAAGAGAUGGGAAAUACAUUCUUUCUUAUCAGUGCAGAAUAAUUGAUGAAAUGGAAGAUGGCUGCCCAUACCUAGGGUAUAAAUACUCUUUGAAUUGGUGGGAGUUCCACUUUAAAAUGCCUUCAAAAAAGGCACAUUUGGUCCCUUUGUUUGUUGGAGAAGACAUAGGGCAUGAACUGCAUUUGUUGAUCUGUCAGCCACCCUGUGGCAAGUACCUUGUAGUCCAUGGUAACAGCUCCAGCUUGAGAUCGUCUGUUGCAUAUGCUCCUUCACCGCGGUCGGCGCAAAGUUCAACGUGCUAUCUUACUGUCGCUCCAUCACCGUCAAAAUCUCAUAAGCACGCUAACACUGCAUCAAAGACCUUCAAAAUACGAAAAGCAUUUGCUUUACAUUUGAAAUAUGAACUUGUACCGCCGUAUCCCCCGUUUUUCCCAUCAGUUAACUUAAAACUUGACGAUACCAUUCUGAUAAAUUCCGGGGACCUUGUUUGUGCUCUAAGUGCAUAUCGAAAAGAUGAUGGCAGAACUGGGCAAGAGACAAUAUCCGGAUUGUUUGAGCCACUGAAUUGCAAUUCAGAUUGCUUCUGUCAUGUUUUAUCAAAUCAUGAAAAACUGAAAUGUACCAACCAGCCACACAGUGAACCUUCCGGUUGUGGAUGUGAUGUUUCCGAACCAGGUUUCCAAUCUUGGGCGGACAAAACUAGUAUGAUAAACAAAGAUUCACUUUCUAAUCAGUCGGUCGCUAGUGGAUCAGAUGUCUCAGAUAUAGAACGUUGUAAAGAUAGAGAUGAAAUAGAUACUGACGAUGGUGCGCGGGCAGAUGAUCCGGAUUCUGAGAAACAUUCGAGUCCGUAUUCGGAUGAAGAUUCCCCUGGACACACUUCUUGUUACCUUUUUUUCUAUAGCGAAAGAAAUCCCGCCAAUAGUGAUCAACACAGUCCCCCGUUUGACUGCACCAGCACUGCAUUCCCCCUGACAAUAACAACUGAUCAAGGUACAAAUGUACCACAGAUUGCAAGCCAUCGAUGUUCAACUGCUAGUCAUGCGAGUUCGCAUUUAAAGGAGGCAGUUGAAGAUGCCGACGUGAUUGUGAAGCAAGUUGUUUUCGAUGCAGAACAGUUCUUGGAUCGAAAGCUACGUAGCAUGGAUUCAAUAAAGGAAAGAUUUGUGUCUCUAAAGGAUUAUGACAUGCAGCUUGUUCAGGUUUGUGCCUGGAACAAAGAAGUUGUCAUUUUGCUCAAGGCGUUGGUACAUUUGAAUGGCAAGCUUGGCGACCGGUCAUCAAGUCCCCGUCUCUCUACAUAUAUGACCGGAUUUCUUCUCUCUUGGAACAUCAAAACAGGCACGGUUCUGGUGUUAGAUGAGCAGCCUCUUUUUGAAUAUCAGAAGCAAAAGUGCAAGUCUCGAUCGAUUUGCCAUGGCCUUGAACAGGCUGUUGACUUGCGACGCAAGAACUUUGUACCAACAUGCUUUCCUGCAAGUGUUUUAUCCUUUUCAAAUCACACUGUCUUCUCUGGAAAGUCAAUGAAGUACCUUUUGCAUCCAUUUCAACCCCUUGCCAUAGUUAUGUAACAUACUGAGUAAUUGGUGAGUUGCAAUAGGCAGGGUAGGUUCAUUAACUGUCUUGUGUUUGUACAUACCUUUCAAGGUUUAUUAGUAGUUAGAUUGUAUUCGGGAAUUACUUACUGCGUGUUUUGUAUCCCUUGAUAUUUUAAUAUGUUGUGGAUAAUGACAACCACGAACCCACACAUUUUAUUGUCACGCAGUUUGAUUUGAAAACAGUAUGAUAACUACUGUAUAAAAUAUAUCUUGAUAAGUGUACUUACAAUCCUUGCUCAAAGUAGCUGGAAGAACAGCACAAUAUUCAUGUCCUAAGUUUGACAACCUUAGAGUUGAACUACAUUUCAAGUAAUCAACGCUCUAGAUCUCUCUCCCCCUCUCCUUUCUGACCAUGUUGAUUCCUUUGUUAGAAAUGUUUAUGCUUCAAAUCUUGGUUAGAUUGUUACUGACAUUCAUGCAAUAUGGAUAUUAAGACGCAUUGUAAUGGGGGGAACAUUGUAAUGGGGGGCAUUGUGAUGGGGGACAUUGUGA